AUGUUAUCUGCUAGAGUCUUGAAACCAGCUUCAAUUGCAUUCCGUUCAUAUUCGACCGGUGCUUCAGUCACUGGUAAACCAAGAAAAAUAAGUGGCUUUAGAGGCGGGGUCAUUGGCUUGUUACUUGGAAUUACACUUACUGGUGGUGCUUCAUAUUAUUAUUUGCUUGAUCAGUACAACUUUGCAAACGAGGUGGUGCAAUCGGAUGUAGUGGCUCUUCAAACAUCAAUUGCUAAGUUAGAGGAACAUAUUCUGAAGUUGGAGAGAGACUAG